AAAGAAAACAAGGCGGUCCUAGCAGAGGCCGCCAUGACAGUCGAUAAAGCGGGUCUGCGGGGCGGCAAAUCUUCGAAAAUUAUGCUUUUUUCUCUGUAUUUACCCCCAUGCUUGAAAACCAAAUCCUGAAGAAGGAAGCGCAAUGGCGAUUCCGAUGAUUUCCUUGCUGAUUGUCUUCUGCGCCGCCACAGUGGGCUAUGGCAAAGUGGACCUCACUCUGGACGGACGAGACACUGGAUUCUUCCUACAGACCAAAGACGCGGAUGACAGGAUCUCUGCCACAUCCGACGACGAGGAAGAAAUCCAUCGUUUCACCCUCCUCCAUUCGAACAUUCCCACUACUCUUCGGUCGCAGUUUGGCCCAUUUGUCGCCAAGCAGAUCGUCCACCCCGCUACAGUCUACCCAAAAAACAAUGACACAAGCUCAGGUGACGCCAGAAUCGAGUCUAUGAUUGAGUACUCAGGAGAUGUGACAGCUCGGCUUGUAACACGAGAAGUCAGGAGAGACAGGCCCGUCUUGAGGGUUCUGUUCCACAGUGCCAGGGCUUCGGAUCCAAAACGAAGACCUGCAGGUGUGCCAGCCGCUGAAGAUGCUACAGAGGGUGGUAAAUUGUUAUCUGCAGAUUCCUUGUGUGUGGUUCUGUAUGUUCACAAUCGUGACCAACACUUGAUGGCGGCUUGCAGUCCUAGCGAAAGCCGCGAUGGGGUGUGCCUGGCACAAGCCACCCUACCCGUCUCCUGGUGGCCUCCUUUAGAAUCUCCGGCAUGGAAGAGCCCUAAAACCCAAAAGACUUGGGUUCGGGUCGAAUAUGCUGUGCUCCAAAGUGGUUCCUUCGAGUGUUCAGAUCCUGCUGCUUUGCCGGUGUCGGUGCCAGCAGGCUUGCCUAGUGUGUAUUUGGAUGAGGUUCCUUUGUCUGUUAACCACGGCAGUUACGAAGAAGUGAAGAGUGAUGAUGUGGUUCGUAUACUUGUGCCACAAGGUCCAGUCUACCCCAAGUCCAAAGUUUAUGUCCCUGUAUAUCUUCAGCCGAAUCCUAUAUAUCCACCAUACGUGUUUGUAAUUAGAGCCCGAGUGAAGAGUGGCCUUCGAAUCCUGGGUGCUCAAGUUUCUCCGCCUUCACAGUGGAGCAUAACAGUGGAACUGAAUCCUCGUCAGACGGUAGCUACGGUUACAGCAUUUGUAAAAGACACCUCUACGAAAGCACCGCAGAAUGAAGCCGAUAUGAGCGUACAAGAGGUCUUCACCUGGCUGUUCGAGGUAGAGGAGGGCGCCUCCUACAAUGACAACGGGAGAAUAACGUGGCAGCUAAGGUACAUGCUCGAUUCAAGCAUGGCCGAGCAGUACGAUUUCGAUGACGAUAAUGCAAAAAUCACUUCAAGGCUUGAUAUACAAAAGGACGAUGUUCAAGCUGUUCUGCCCAUUGCGAAAUCCAGUCAACUCCUGAACACUGCUGUGCUGAAUGGCAGACAGGUGUCCCAACCGAUGAAAGUGUUUGUCGUCAGUCAGGCUGGAAAAGUAGGGGAUGUAACUUUGCAGUCUUCUUGCCAUGCUGCUGAUGAAUCCAUUCUAAAGGUUUCUCCUUCCUGCACGUCAGUGUACCUGGACGGGUCCGAGAUCCGGGGUUCCCAGAACGCUUCGAUCCUCGUGAAGUAUGGAUCAUACACGGGUCAAGCCCACUUCUUGGUGUGGAUGCCCGAGCUGCCCCUCAUCAUUCGCAUCUCCGACACCAAGCUCAGCCAAAUCAAGGGAUGGAGGACGCCACACCUGCAGAGGGGAAAACCCGUGAAUCUGGGAUCUCCUAAUAGAGGCAGAUCCAAUUUUGCUACUUCUUCUGUUACCAGAAGUGAUCGCUGGUUGGAUCGAGAAGAUUUCGACAUCGUAUGCCGGCUGCGGUAUCAGCAAGCUAAUAUCGAAGUAUACACUCGAUUCUUUAGCGUGGAUCACAAUUCUGGCAGGGAAUCGUACCUCCUAAGCAGGAACGCGUAUCCACGAAUCACGGAAUGGGUGGCUCCUUUUCUGCGCGUAGCUGAUAUGCGAAUCGCCCAUCUGCAAGGGACCGUGGUCAGGGGAAUGCAAAGUGGAAGAACUGAAGUACAGGUGUUGUCGCCGAUUACCGGUAGAGUGAGCGGAGCCAAAGAAGUGCGCGUCGGCACUGACAAAGAAAGCAUCACUCAUUUGGAGGUGACAGUGAUUACCGGACUUCAGCUGUCAGUCUACCCUGACGAAUCUUUACCGGGUGUCUUUGUAAGUCAGACAGCGAUCAGUCAUAAAUUGACAACUCAGUAUCAGGAAGGUUUAUUGAGCAUAAAACUGCACUACUCUGAUGGAACAUCAACCAUGCUAUCAGAUAUAACAGACACCGACUAUCAUUUAUCUGUGGAUACGUUCGACAGUGGAGUUGUGGCGUUUGCCCCUAUGGCUGGCCUACACCAUCCGAGAGUAAUUGCCAUUGGCAAAGGAAAGGGGGAUCUCCUUCACGUUACGUUAGAACUAGCAGAAAGGUGCCAGAAACGCCGAAGUCAGCCUCUAGCCAUGGCAUACGCUUAUAUAGACGUUGACUUUACUAAUAACAAAGCCAUCAUGAAUGAUGUUCGUGUUAAACCACCGAAAAAUCUUGACGGUGGCAGGAAGCGAACAGACCACAUUGAUUCAUUUUCUCCAGCAGGUGGAGAUGCUGGGGAAACAUUUAUCAAUUCGAACGACGCCAGUUCUAUUUUGUACCAGGAUGCCAUCAGUCACCGCGGGAAAUCACAUUACCAUGAACCCGCAGUUCAGGCUCGUCAGAACCUGGUCCAUCCUUCAGAUCUUACACCCCUCGAAAUCGGAAUGUAUGCCCUUCUCGGCGUCUUCUGCCUAGCCAUUUUAGUUUUCCUAGUGUCUUGUUCCGUAUUUGCGGUGCGAUAUCGGCGCAAACAGAUACCACCUGUCACAGAGACCAGCGACACAGUGGCUCAUGCCCACGACUGGGUGUGGCUGGGCAGGGCGACGCUGGAGAGGAAUUCAGUCAACACACGUUGCUCGCAGACUCUGGUGCCGAUGGCCGAUUUCAACGGGAAUCACCAAUCCGAGGGGCUUGACACGAACACAACCAAGGUGCAGCGGCGCGAAAAGAAGUCCGGUUCUCGCGCGGUAGGCAGUGGUUGCCGAAGUAGCAACGUCUCUUUUCCUGGAUCAGAAAUCAGCAUUAGAAUCACGACCAACCCGCAGGAGCUGAGGGAGGACGAAAUAGCGAUGCUGGAGAAGAGCACUUCCACCUGUAACAACGGGGGAGGGUUGGUGAAUAAUUCGGGAAGUGCCACUGUCUCUAGAGAGAAAAGGGUUCGAAUCGUCACCAAUCCUGUCCCGCCCCCUCUGCCUCCUGGUAAUAAUCCACUGAAACUAUUUCCUCCUCACCCACCACCUCCCAUCCCACCACACCGUAACUUCCCACCUGCUGUACCGCCCCAGCAAAGACACCUCAAGGAAUUCCACAUGGGCAGAUUCAGGGGACCAGCCAACAACGGAGAGUGGGAAUCGGUUGCUCAGGGUAUGAAUUACGAUCAACUCAUCGAGUACUUCGAGAAUCUGAAAGAAUCCAAUGCUUGAAGAGCUGAAUGUAAACAAAUUUUUCAGUUCCGAGAGCAGCCGUUAUGAUUCCUCCUCCCGACAGCUACACUCCAAGUUAUGGUUGGUGAUGAAGACCAGUUGCAUUACAGCAAGGUUCAACUUGCAGCGAUUCUAGUCUGUUACUACUAAAUGAAAUACCACACUUUAUGUUCAUGCUUACAAUUGAUCCGAACGUGCAGAUUCUUUCCGUUGGAAUUGCACCCAUUGUGGAAAUUUUCUCUGAGCCUUCAAAUUGUCGAUUUGUCUGUAGUUGUCUCUAGUCCAUCUUUAACCUGUACAUUUUAUUGAAUUCGAGAGUCACCAGGAAAUACCGUAGGGAGUUUUUUCUAAAUGAUGUUACAUGUGUGUUUCAGUUUUUAUAAUGUUGAUGAGCAUGGAUGACAACUGUUAGGACUCUAAAUUAAGCUAGGAAUUCAUUUGUGAACUAAAAGUAAAUGUAUAGUAGUUACUUAUGAUUUAUUUACAUUCUUCUUAUUUUUUCUUUAUGUAAAUGAGAAUUUAUUAGCCAAACUUUUUCUCAGCUUUUUCUUACUUUUUUUUUUCCUGAAGUACAAAAAGUUUGUCUUCUGCUCAAUAUGCAUUUAUUUAUUUUUUUAUAAGUUUGUUGAUACACUUGUCCUUCGUUCGAUUUUAUAACUGCGAUAUAAACUUGUUUCUUAAUUCAGAUUCCAAUUUGUAGCUUUGAUGUUUAAUCACUAUAUUUACAAGUACAUACAAUUUACAAUUUUUUUUGUUGACACCACUUGGUGUUAAAAAAAAUAUAUCCUUAAACAUUUAUAGAAAAAUGUGUUUGUAAUUCCAGUCUGCGAUUUGCAUAAGUUUAUUAAUUUCCAUUAAAAAGUAUUUUUUUUUUUAAAUAGGUCCAUUUGCUGUGUUGACAUUUGUGUAUUCUCUUGGUACACAAAUGGAAUAAUUUCGUGAAAUUUUUCACAUGCAUUUUGUAAAACACAGCAUGCAUUCAGGAUUGCACACAAUACUUAAACGAUAUUAAUUCGUAGGAAUGCAUGAGAAUUUAAGUGUACUGUCAAUGUUGCUUGAUUUUAAUUUUUUAAGAACAUGAAGCAUUUAUCAUCAGUCAUGCUGUUUGAUAGCUGAUUUUUCUGUUUUAUGUAGCGUUUUAUUUGUAUAAAAUGCUGUCCAAAGAUUAUUUCAGAGAUCUUGUAAUUAAACCAUUAAAGCUGUAUAUA